GUGAGCAUCAUGACUCCUCAUUACCUCCCGCCUGGUGUUGGUCGACGCUAGCUUCCGAAAACCCAAAACCCAACUGAUGAGUAAUAUCGAUCGACAUCUACAACUGGUGUGAGCGACACUCCCGAGCAUCCUACCAUCACGAACAAACCACAUCUUUAAUAUAAUGACAAGGGACUACUCUCUCGUGGACGUUCUUAGUAUGAAUGGAGGAACAGGAGAACACAGUUACGCUACUAAUUCACAUUAUCAGAGAAGUGUUAUCUAUGAGACACAACAUGUAGUGACAAUGAACAUAAGAGAAAUGCUAGAGAAAAUUGGUUUUCCUGAUUGCAUCAAAGUGACAGACUUGGGUUGUUCUACUGGACAAAACACAAUGUUGGCCAUGUCCGCAAUCGCCAACUCCAUCAUUGAGUCGUACCAACAAAUGGGUAUAAAAAACCCACCAGAAAUAGAUUGUUGUUUGAACGAUCUUCUAGAGAACGAUUUCAAUACAACCUUCAAGAUUGUUCCUUCUUUCCUAGAGAAGCUGAUCAAAACAGAAGCUAAAGGGAAGUGUUUUGUCUCCGGAGUCCCCGGUUCUUUUUACUCGAGGUUGUUCCCAAGAAAAUCUCUACAUUUUGUUCAUUCAGCUUUUAGUAUCCAUUGGCUUUCCAAGAUUCCAGAUAGCCUUGAGAGCAACACUAAAAGCAUUCAUAUUAAGCAUCCAUAUACUCCAAAUGUUUACAAGAGUUAUUUGAAUCAGUUCAAGAACGAUUUUUCGGAUUUCCUAAAAAUGCGUUCGGAAGAGAUGGUGCAAAAUGGACGUAUGGUUCUCACGUUCGUAGGCAGAAAGGCUUCCAAUACUUUGUCCAAAGAUUGUUUCCAAGUUUGGUCGUUGUUAUCAGAUUGUCUCCUCGAUCUAGCCUCCGAGGGUUUUGUGAAGAAAUCAGAGAUAGAAUCAUUUAACAUGCCAUUCUACAAUCCAAGUGAAGAAGAGGUUAUGGAAGUUAUCUUCAAGGAAGGCUCCUUCGAGAUCAACAAGAUUGAGAAAUUUGAUCAUAUUGUCCCGUACAAGAUUGAAUAUGAAGAAGAGAAUGAUCAGGACCAAUCAGUUCACAUGGAAGCUAGUAUAAACCAUGCAAGUUGGGCAAGAUGCAUUACCGAACCAUUGCUUGUUGCUCAUUUUGGUGAUGCAAUUAUUGAACCUGUGUUCGACAAGUACGCACAUUAUAUGGCUAAGUAUCUAAGUGUUACAAAGCAUCGCCCUAAUAUGACACUCGUCCUCGUAGUUUCGUUGAUUAGGAAAUAAAGGUCAUUUAUUUUGUAUGUGGUGAAUUGGUGGGAUGAGAAAUAAGUAGAGUUCAUUGUUUUGUAUGGAUGAGAGAUUUGUUAUUUUUAUCAUAAAUUAAGCAAUUUUGAAGCCAAAAAAAAA